AUGGUCAAAUACAUUCUGAAGAGUCAGAUCAGUGUGCGUGGCAUCGCGGGGCUGGGCGACGUGGCCGAGGUGCGGAAGAGCUUCAACCGGCACCUGCACUUCACGCUGGUCAAGGACCGCAACGUGGCCACGCCCCGCGACUACUUCUUCGCGCUGGCACACACGGUGCGCGACCACCUGGUGGGCCGCUGGAUCCGCACGCAGCAGCACUACUACGAGCGCGACCCCAAGCGCAUUUACUACCUGUCACUGGAGUUCUACAUGGGCCGAACGCUGCAGAACACCAUGGUGAACCUGGGCCUGCAGAACGCCUGCGAUGAAGCUAUUUACCAGCUGGGGUUGGACAUGGAAGAACUGGAGGAGAUAGAAGAGGAUGCUGGCCUUGGGAACGGCGGCCUGGGGCGGCUGGCAGCCUGUUUUCUUGACUCGAUGGCCACCCUGGGCCUGGCCGCAUACGGCUACGGAAUCCGCUACGAAUUUGGGAUUUUCAACCAGAAGAUCGUCAACGGCUGGCAGGUAGAAGAGGCCGACGACUGGCUGCGCUACGGCAACCCGUGGGAGAAGGCCCGGCCGGAGUACAUGCUGCCCGUGCACUUCUACGGCAGGGUGCAGCACACCCCCGAGGGCGCCAAGUGGCUGGACACACAGGUGGUGCUCGCCAUGCCCUACGACACCCCAGUGCCUGGCUACAAGAACAACACUGUCAACACCAUGAGGCUCUGGUCCGCCAAGGCGCCCAACGACUUCAAGCUGCAGGACUUCAACGUGGGCGACUACAUCGAAGCUGUCCUGGACAGAAACUUGGCUGAGAACAUCUCCAGGGUCCUGUAUCCAAACGACAAUUUCUUCGAGGGCAAGGAGCUCCGCCUGAAGCAGGAGUACUUUGUGGUGGCUGCCACCCUGCAGGACAUCAUCCGCCGCUUCAAGUCAUCCAAGUUUGGCUGCAGGGACCCAGUGAGAACCUCCUUCGAGACCUUUCCAGACAAGGUGGCCAUCCAGCUGAACGACACGCACCCAGCCCUUUCCAUCCCCGAGCUCAUGCGGAUCCUGGUGGACGUGGAGAAGGUGGACUGGGACAAGGCCUGGGAAAUCACGAAGAAGACCUGUGCCUACACCAACCACACCGUGCUGCCCGAGGCCCUGGAGCGCUGGCCCGUGUCCAUGUUCGAGAAGCUGCUGCCGCGGCACCUGGACAUCAUCUACGCCAUCAACCAGAGGCACCUGGAUCAUGUGGCCGCCUUGUUUCCGGGGGAUGUGGACCGCCUCAGGAGGAUGUCUGUGAUUGAGGAAGGCGACUGCAAGCGGAUCAACAUGGCCCAUCUGUGUGUGAUUGGGUCCCACGCGGUCAACGGGGUCGCCAGGAUCCACUCAGAGAUUGUGAAGCAGUCUGUCUUUAAGGAUUUUUAUGAGCUGGAGCCCGAGAAGUUCCAGAAUAAGACAAAUGGCAUCACGCCCCGACGGUGGCUGCUGCUGUGCAACCCGGGGCUGGCGGGCACCAUCGCGGGGAAGCUGCUGCCGCUGGUCAGCGACGAGGCCUUCAUCAGAGACGUGGCCAAGGUCAAGCAGACAGGAAUAAAGAAGGAUCCGGGCAAGGCCUUCGUGCCUAGGACUGUCAUGAUUGGGGGCAAGGCAGCGCCCGGGUACCACAUGGCCAAGAUGAUCAUCAAGCUGGUCACGUCCAUCGGCAAUGUCGUCAAUCAUGACCCCGUCGUGGGUGACAGGCUCAAAGUGAUCUUCCUGGAGAACUACCGGGUGUCCCUGGCUGAGAAAGUCAUCCCGGCUGCCGACCUGUCACAGCAGAUCUCCACUGCGGGCACCGAGGCCUCGGGCACAGGCAACAUGAAGUUCAUGCUCAACGGGGCACUCACCAUUGGCACCAUGGACGGCGCCAACGUGGAGAUGGCUGAGGAAGCCGGGGCUGAGAACCUCUUCAUCUUCGGCCUGCGGGUGGAGGAUGUCGAGGCCCUGGACCGGAAAGGGUACAAUGCCAGGGAGUACUACGAGCGCCUGCCCGAGCUGAGGCAGGCCGUGGACCAGAUCAGUAGCGGCUUCUUCUCCCCCAAGGACCCGGACUGCUUCAGAGAUGUCGUCAACAUGCUGAUGUACCAUGACAGGUUCAAGGUGUUUGCAGACUACGAUGCCUACAUUCAGUGCCAGGCCCAGGUGGACCAGCUGUACCGGAACCCCAAGGAGUGGACCAAGAAGGUCAUCAGGAACAUCGCUUGCUCGGGCAAGUUCUCUAGUGACCGGACCAUCACAGAGUAUGCCCGGGAAAUCUGGGGCGUGGAGCCCUCCGACCUGCAGAUCCCGCCCCCCAACGUCCCCAGGGACUAGGCAGCCCCGGAAAUAGAUGGGCUUUUGUUUCUUGCUGACUUUGCACCUCAUGCCAGUUUCCAAGCACUGUGUCAGCAGCUGGUGGUCCCUGCUUUUCUCAGUGCUGUUUCCAGGAGGGGCCCUGGGUGACUCGGAGGGAGGGAGGGAGGGAGGGGGACAAGGAAGUAGGUGCCCGCAGUGUGACAUCUCGGGUUCCUGCAGAGGAAGGUGAGGUUUGCAGCAGAGGCGGUGGGCAGAAGCGGCCGCCAGCCAGGCUCCUAGAAUCCCUGUACACAUCUCACUGUGAGCUUACGAUUUUUAGUUUGGAGCCUCAUUCUGAGGAGAGCAGGUGGCCAGUAAACUGGGCAUGGGUGUGUUCCACAGAGCCAGGCCAAGCCACUGUGGCCCAUCCUCCUGGCCCAGCUCUGCCUUCUGGCCAUGCCGAGAGGGGUCAGACCACCUAGCACUGUCCUCAACAGCUGCCCGUCCUCGGUUCUCUGUCCUUGGAUCCAGAGGCCCUGCCCUUGCAACCAUCCUGGGCACCUGUGUCAAGUGUCACAGAGGCCUUGGCUAGGACCAGGCAGGGCAAUGCACAGUUGGCUUGGUUUUGCUUUUUCCAAAGAAAACAGUUCACAAGGAAAUGAAACCAGGCAAAGCUGUUUCUUGUCUUAGCAUCUAAAAAUGGUACUUGGUCAGUUUUGUGUCUAGGGGACCGUGCUGUGGAUGGUUUUGCCUGGCUAGAGGCAGGCCAAUGCCGUCCUGGCCCGAUUACCAGGCCGCCAUCCCUGCAGCAGGUCGGGCCAUGCCCCGUGACCCUAUCCAUUCCUGGAGUACGUGUCCUGCUCACACGGCCGGGCCCCAUCCUCAUCCGUGUCCACCAGUGCAGCUUUCUGGGCUGGAGAACAGACCACGUGGCCCAGAGGAGCCCAGAUUCUGCCCAGCUCGGCUGGCAGGUCUGGGUCAAGAAGCAGGGAAAGCUUCCUAGCAGCACCUUCCCCGAGACUGACCUCCAGGGCAGACCUGCCUACCACUGCCCAAAGGAGAGGCCAGGGAGCCGGCCGCCACCUUUCACCACAGGACUGUUGGAGAAGUUGGGCAGGACCCCUUUCAGAGGCUUCUGCCGCCUUGCAUGCUGGAUCUGGCCACACGGGGAGACCCUUCCCUCACUCUCAGGCCUGCAGUGCCUAUGGUGAACAGUUUCCCAGAGAUACUGGGGUCUUCUUUGGGUCAGGGCAAGUUCUGGUCAUGCCCAACCUCUGCCGCCUCGUGCAGUGGCCCCUGCCUGAAGCCACACUCCCCGAGGCCGGCCAUUUGUGACCACCACUCUCCCGUCUGCUGUUACUGCCUCGUGUGAGAAACUGAUUAAACCUUUAUGCCCACAUUGGA